AUGCAAAAUGUUUCAGGUUUAGUAAUUAAAAAAUAUUUUAAAAUAUUGUCGUCGCAUUACCAACACAGUUUACUUAUAACUCCAGCUGUGAAGAAUGUAUUCAGGAACAAGUGUCAACAGACCAUUUCAGCUUUGGAACGUGAGCGACGAGCAAUAAUGUGUCCCCCACAAUGUUUUGGUAGCUGUAUGAACAACCAACAGUGCAUGCAAUAUUCGCCAUCAAUGGUUUGUAUCCAGGCUUGCUGCUGUCCAAUCCAAGUUGAUUUAUCAACUGCUUGUGAUGGUGCUGCAGCAGUAGCAAUGUGUAUCAAUGGUUUAUGUGGUCAAGGAUGGUUCUGUACCGCCCGAAACUUCUGCUGCCGUUGUCAAAGUGGUGCAGAAGCUGGACCAUGCGUUAACCAACAAUGUCCAGCAGGUUAUGCCUGUAAUACGAACAACUUCUGUUGCCCACUUGGAUCAGGUUCCGUCCUCGGUCCAUGUGUCAAUGGCCAAUGCCCAACAGGUUACGUGUGUGGCGCCGGUAAUUUGUGCUAUGCCAAUCCGUGA